CUAGCGGACUCCUGUAUCGUCCUUGAAGGAUGCCGUCAGAGGAGGUCACAACAGGCCGUGCAGACCCGACCCACGAGCCUCUCCUGAGCUGCACGGCAGAGAUGACUCCGGUUAAUGAAAUCAGCGGGACGAGAGACUCCUCCGCCCGCUCGGAGCUCUUUGCGGCCCUCCACCCAGACGACGCCAUUGAGACCAUCGGCGAAGACAACGUCUCCGGCACCGAGGAAAGUUUGCAGCCAGCUGAAGAGCUCCCUGAAGACGUGAAUCCAGUUUGGGCAUGGGUGGUGGUGUUCGCCACCCUCGUGGUCAAGGCUCUGACCAUGGCGUUCCCAUCCUGCGUGGGACUCUUCUACACCGACCUGCAGAAAGAGUUUAAUGCGUCGAACAGCGAGGUCUCCUGGAUUCCCGCAAUCAUUAGGGGGUUGCGUCACGCGGCAGGUCCCUUUUGUAGCCUGCUGAUGGAGAGAUUAGGCAGCCGGACAACAGUGAUGUUGGGCGGUGUCCUCAGUGGGCUGGGAUUGGCUGCCGCUUCAUUGACCCAGUCCAUCGGGCAGCUCUACAUAACCGCCGGCGUUCUUACAGGACUCGGGUUCUGCUUCAGCCUCCAGCCGUCCGUGGCCAUCAUUGGGCACUACUUUGUGCGCCGACGCGCCUUUGCCAACGCCAUAUCCUCCAUGGGCAUGGGAUUGGGAAUGUUGUGUCUGCCCCACCUGGUGACCUACCUCCGCAUCGAGUUUGGCUGGAGAGGAAGCUGCCUCAUCCUGGGCUCCGUCGUGCUGAACAUCUGUGUGUGUGGCGCAGUGAUGAGGCCGACCGGGGCCCGGGGCGCGCCUCUGCUAAAGCGGCAGACCGAGGAAGCGAGCGACACGCCGGGGAGGUUGCCGAUGUGGCGCCGCGUGGCGUCCUCUGUGAGCAAACGCAUGGCCUUUGAUCAGAUGCUCCAGAACUCUCGCUACUGCGUGUACGUCUGCGGGGUCACCUGGCUGAUUCUCGGCUUUGGAGUGCCCAUUUUUUACUUGUACCCUUACGCCAAAGCCCUCGGCAUGGCGCCAAGCAAGGCCACCGAUGUGCUCACCUGCCUGGCCGUGGUGAACGUUUUGACUCGGCCACUGUUCGGCCUCGUCUACAACAAGUCCUGGAUUAAGGAGCGACACAUUGGUUUCUUCUCUUGCGCACUGCUGCUCAACGGGCUCAGCAACGGUCUCUGCUGCUUCGGGCCCAGCUUUCCUCUCCUGAUGGUGUAUGCGGCCAUCCAAGGUCUCUCCAUGAGCGUGGUGGGCUCCCUGAUGAUCACCAUCCUCAUGAACUUUGUAGAGAUGAGGCGCUUGAGCUCGGCGUUGGGCCUGUUCAACAUGAUGAAGAGCGUCCCGCUGUUCAUCGGGCCUCCACUGGCAGGAGUCCUGGUCGACGUGACUGGCGACUACUCGUACGUCUUCGCUGUCUGCGGUGCUGUUGUGGCCUCCUCCGGCGUCUUCCUCAUGGUGGCCUUCCAUUGGCUGGACUCGAGGGCAUCGGUGGCCUCGAGUCCAGCCAGCAGCGACUAGAUGUUUAAUGUCAUCAGUCUGUUGUUCACAAAGAGAAGUUACACACGUGCUCCUUUGUUGAAGAAACGGUAUUUUAUGGUGCGUUUAUAGAUGGUGAAAAAAAGCAUGGAUCGAUGGGAUUUAUUUUAUAAGAGGCUAAAAUAAACAUCAGUUUUAAUAUUCCUCCUUUUUAAUAUAUAGUGUGCAAACUAUCUGAAGUGGAAACGUAUUUUCAAUGUUUCUUUGGGAACAUUGAACGCUGCACAUUGGUUGGGUUAGAUCUUUGAAUCUGUUUUCACUAUACAGGGAGAAUAGACAUACUUUAAAGGCUGGGUUUUUAAGUGUUUUAAAAAAGAAAAAAAAUGUAACUAGUAUAUUUACAAUCACAAGAUGGAUACUUUUCAGGAGGAAGGAAGCUGAUGAUUAUAGCAGCGCAGAGUAGUUUUGUAACACAAACUUCUCUUCACACCAAUCAGGUUUUAUGCGAUAGCCUUAUUUUCACAUCAGACACUUGUAGUAUAAUCUACAAUUUUUGGGUAUAAACUUUAAAGUGGGUGCAAUGACAUUAGUCAUUUUCAGGGGGGUUUGCUUGCUUUGGGCCCAAUUGCACAUUUUUCCAACUUUUUAUUUGUAUUUUAAAGUCUUUAUGCGUCGUAGUCGGCUUGUUUUAUUUAAGUGAAUUUAAUCAUUUAACAUGUUGAACCAUUGAAGAAAUGCAUCAAUACUUGCAGUACACUAUACAUUUUAUAGUGUACUAUAUUACAUUUUAUUCAGAUAAUAUAUUUAUUCAGAUAUGUCUAUGUAUAUCUCAAUUAAAGUAACGCUAUAGGAGAUAAGAAAUGCAAAGAGUGGCAUUUAAAUGCAGUACCCACUGUGCAUGGUCCAUUUUAGAAUUAAUAUAUUACUAGAAGUAUUGAUGCAGAUUUCCAUCACUAAUGGUUUUAAAUUAAUUUAUCCUUUUAAUUAAUGUUGAAUCAUAAGUCUAGUUCUUAAGUACUAUUCCUACCAGUCAGAUGACAUUGUCUUCACCUCCAGCGGUUUUAUUUAAAUUUUAUUGUAUCAUGUUUUACUCCAGCAACACACUAGUUUUAAUUUGCUUUAAACAAAUACUUUGACAGUGAAAGAUUUCUAUUUGUCUGUGAUGCUUUUCUUUUUUUAACAGCUGAGGAUAUGUAAACUGGUUGAUGGAAAUUGUACUUUGAUUUUUAUUUUACGUAAAGUGAUGGAAUAAAAUAAGGUGAAAAUA